AUGAGAAACCUGUAUUGCUUAGCUCGUUGGCUUCGAAGGCUGGGUACAGGGCUGGAGGAGCGGGCGGUGGCAGGUUCAGCAACGUGCAGAUCGGUCUUCUUUCGCCUGGCACCCAUGUCGAGGUACUGGGCAGCUCCCGACGCGCCGGUGGCCGUGGAAGUGGCCGAUACUGACCGCAUGUUGCGGCGGAGACUUUCACAGCGCGCACGCACGCGGACAACUGAAGUUCGCGCACGGCUCGCGCUAUCGGCGAUGCCACCGCCGCUGACGCCGCACCAGCUCGCCCGGAAAAAUCAGAUCUCGUGGCGUCGACCCUAUCCAUUCAAGCUGAACGGAUCAUAA